GAGUCUUCUCUUUUGCCGCCUUCCCCUCAUUUUCCGCUCGUCAUUUCCCCACAAGCUCACAUUCUCAGGGUUUCAGUCAUGGCACCAUUCAUCGAUAAAUAGCCGGAGAUCAUGUCACUUAGCUCGAAGCUUCAAUCAUGGCGUCAUCCAUCGAAGACGUCAUCGUAGGAGGAGGAGAUAUAGAGAGGGGACUGACUGAUACCAACGGCAAAACCCUUGACCAGCCGAGGGACGAGCUUAGAGGCGGCGUAACCCCAAUAAAAAGCGAUGUUCGCUUCCAGCUCGAACAGCUGGAAAGGACGAACAAUAGCAUCCUUAAAAUCUCCAAAGAACUCAAGAAACUUCGUCGCCAAGGGAUCGACAACAAUACCAAUUCCACGACGGUUGUCGGUAUACUGUUCGCAACAGUGGCUUUCGCGGCGAUAUUCACGGUACCGGGAGGAGAUAACGGGGACGGGUCAGCGGUGGUCGUGGGCCGGGUAGCGUUCAAGAUCUUCUUUAUCUUCGACGCUAUGGCUUUGUUCACCUCCUUAGCGUCCAUGGUUCUGACUUGGACGAUGACUCUGGUUAGCGGGGAGACGAGUGUGGAGAGGAAGGUGGUGGAAGUGACCGCAAAACUGUUGUGGAUAUCAUCGAUUUGCACGUCGGUAGCGUUUCUCGCCUCGUCUUACAUGGUUGUAGGGAAGAAGCACGAGUGGGUGGCCGAGCUUGUGACCAUCAUCGGGAGCACGAUAAUGGUCGCUGUUCUUUGGAUCAUGACUGUUUACGUCGUGAGGGCGAAGAGGGCGAUUUCAAUGAGGAAGAGCGUGAAGAAUGCACGAAGAAACAGUUCCAAUUCUUCCCAUCAUUCCAAAUUGUCAAUCAAUUAAGUCGAUAUAUUGAACUUUAGGCUUAAGGGUAUACCAUUUGGAUU